AGCCUCUGGUGAGAGUGAGAUAUGCCUUUCAAAAGGUUUGAGGACCGUCUUCUUCACUCCCACUAAUGAUUCUUCAAUUACUUCUUCUUCUUCUAUGAGAAACGGACCUUCCACUACCCUCCACACCUUAUCGGAAUCCAUGAUGGAUGAGAACUUGGAACAUGCCAAGUCCAUCAUCACCAAGUGGGAUCCCAACUCCUCCACCAUAGCCAAGUUCACCUCUCUCUUCUACGAGAGCCGAUGUGAAGCCAAGGAUUUCCUCAAGUCCGUCAAGCAAUUACAGCAAACCAUGCAUUUCUACGCCUCCCACAACACCUUCUCUGAAAAGCUCGUCCAAGCCCAGAACCUCAUGAAAGUAGCCAUGAAGCGUCUCGAGAAGGAGUUCUAUCAGAUUCUCUCCUCCAAUCGCGACCAUCUCGACCCCGAAUCCGUUUCUUCUCGAUCAAGCACAUCUGAAUACGAAUACGAAUACGAAGCCAGCCCCGAGGACGAGAUUCAGCUCGCCGGAGAAUCAAUCUCCAAGGUCGAGAAAUUCUCCACCCUCGCCAUGUUCGACCUCAGCUCCAUUGCCGACUGCAUGAUCUCGUCCGGCUAUGACAAAGAUUGUGUCAAGAUCUACAAGAUCAUGAGAAAGUCCAUUGUAGAUGAGGCUCUCUACAAGCUUGGAGUCGAGAGUCUCACCUCUUCGCAGAUUCAUAAGAUGGACUGGGAGCUCCUCGAGCUCAAGAUAAAGAACUGGCUCAAUGCCGUCAAGAUUGCAGUGAAAUCGCUCUUCCACGGCGAAAGAAUCGUCUGCGAUCACGUCUUCUCUACAUCCCACUUCAUCCGGGACUCCUGUUUCUCUGAUAUCACCAAAGAAGCAGCCAUCCUUCUCUUCCGGUUCCCGGAAUCCGUGGCCAAAUCCCAAAAGUCACCGGAGAAGGUGUUCAGAAUGCUGGACCUCUAUGAUGCUAUCUCAAAACUCUGGUCAGACAUCGAUUCGAUCUUCUCCUUCGACUUCACCUCUGUUGUCCGCUCUCAAGCUACGAAUUCACUCAAGAGGCUAGGCGACACUGUUCGAGCUAUGCUAUCGGACUUCGAAUCUCUCAUUCAGAAGGACUCAUCGAAAACCCCUGUCCCCGGAGGAGGCCUUCAUCCUCUCACUCGAUACACAAUGAAUUACCUGUCUUACCUCACCGAUUACAGCGGAAUCCUCUCCGAUAUAUUCUCCAAUUGCCUAUUGCAGAAGAACACGUCUCUGCCAGAAUCAUACUUUGACAGUCCUAACCUUAACGACAAUCCAUCAUCCGCAUUUACCAUUAGGAUGGCUUGGAUCGUACUGGUGCUCCUCUGCAAACUUGACGGCAAGGCGAGACUAUACAAAGACCCAGCCUUGGCUUAUCUCUUCCUCACCAAUAAUCUAGAGUACGUGGUGCAGAAAAUCCAAACCUCUAAUCUUAGGUAUCUGUUGGGAGAGGACUGGAUAUCGCAGCACAAAGCGAAGAUGAAACAGUACGCCGCCAGCUAUGAGAGGAUGGGAUGGAGCAAUGUGAUAUCGGCCAUACCAGAAGAUACGACGGCAACGACAAUGUCUUUAGAGGAGGCCAAGGAGUGCUUCAACAACUUCAAUUCUGCUUUCGAGCAAAUAUACAGAACUCAGUCGUCGUGGAUCGUGACGGACAGAAAGCUUAGGGAAGAGAUUAAGGUAUCCAUCGCCAGAAAACUCGUGCCGGCUUACGGGGAAUUGUAUCGCAAGUAUCGGGACUUGCUGAGAAGCGAGAAUGAAAUGGAGUCAGUUGUGAGGUUUCAUCCACAUGAUCUGGGGAAUUACUUAUCGGAUCUAUUCUACGGUACCGGAGUUUCGGGGAGUGCUUCGUCGUCAACGUCUUCUUCUCCGGCCCAAUCGCGAGGGAAGCACUCUAGACGAUGAGAGUGAAAGAGAGAGAGAUUUGAAAAGAGAACAAACCGCGGAAAGAUUCAUGGUUUUGUUUUUUUGUAGGAAUAUAGAGGAGAUUCCUGGGUUUCUUUUUUUCUAAUUUCUGUUGGGAACCUGG